AUGGUUGAUGUUGUACUCUUCAACUUAAGUAAAGCCUUUGAUGUAGUCAACUACUCUCUUCUUAUAGACAAACUGAGGCUAUUGGGAGUACAUGGUCCUCUACUGUCAUGGAUCACAAAUUUUCUAAAUUUUCUAAAUUUUCAAAAAAAUGUCCUCAGUGGAGUAUCCCAGGGAUCAGUCCUUGGUCCCCUCUUAUUCUUAGUUUAUAUCAAUUUCUUGCCAACCUAUAUCCAUUCAAAAUGCAAAUUCUUCGCAGAAGACAUGAAAAUCUACCUAGAGCUACAGAGAGUUCCUCUUUGGCUGGAGACACAGAAAUUUGAAACAGUAUACAGAGUCGUGGACUCAUGGAGUCUGCACUUCAACCUCAAUAAGUGUGCUGUGCUGCAUUGCCAAAGAGCAUCAACAGAUCACAUCAACACUGGCCCACUACACUUUUAUAUGAUGGACACCAUUGCCCUCUCUAUUGUAUCUACCCAUAAAGAUCUGGAUAUUACAGUUGACUCUACCUUGAAAUUCCACUGUCACAUCUCAAAGACUGUAAAGAAAGCAGCAGGUCUGACAAAUAACUUGCUGAACUCAACACUCUGUCAUGACAAGGAUUUUAUGAUCACCCUGUUCAAAUCUCAUAUCAGACCUUUACUAGAGUUCAGCUCUAUUGUAUGGAACACAGGAUACCUGGGUAACCAAAAGCUUCUGGAAUCGACACAGCGGAGGUGGACUAAACAAAUCGCAGGAAUGACCGAUCUUAACUAUGCAGACCGUCUACAAACUCUGAACCUCUAUUCCAUCUAA